AUGAAUGAUUUUUGGAAUAUGCAAAGAGACUAUCAACCAUUAAAUGAUACUAUAAAAGAGCUUGAACUUAAAUUAAUUUAUCAGCCGCUUUCAUUAUUUAAGUGGCAGAUUUAUGCAGCUCAAACAAUGAAAAAUAAAUGGACAUCAUCACUUAUGGGAGAUUCAAUAGAUGAAGAUGAUAAUGAUCAAGAUACUUUGAAAGAAGCAUUAUUGGAAACUAAUCCUUACCUCUUAGGUCUGACUAUAAUUGUAUCAGUAUUACACAGUGUAUUUGAAUUUUUAGCAUUUAAAAAUGAUAUACAAUUCUGGAAUAACCGUAAUUCAUUGGAAGGACUGUCAGUUCGAUCUGUAUUUUUCAAUGUUUUUCAGUCAUUGAUUGUUUUAUUGUAUGUUCUUGAUAAUGAAACAAACACAGUAGUUCGGAUUAGUUGUGCAAUAGGUUUAUGCAUAGAAGUAUGGAAAAUCAAUAAGGUCGUGAAUAUUACUGUUGAUAGAAAUUUAAAAAUACUUGGUAUCUUCCCAAAAAUAAGUUUCCAUGAUAAAGGAUCAUAUGUAGAAUCUUCCACAAAAGAAUAUGAUAGACUUGCUUUUAAGUAUUUAUCAUGGACACUUUAUCCUCUUUUAGGAGGAUAUGCAAUUUAUUCGUUGAUGUAUUUAGAACAUAAAGGAUGGUACUCUUGGGUUCUUAGUAUGCUUUAUGGAUUUUUAUUAACGUUUGGAUUUAUUAUGAUGACACCACAACUAUUUAUUAAUUAUAAAUUAAAAAGUGUGGCACAUCUUCCGUGGCGUAUGAUGUCUUACAAAUUUUUAAAUACGUUUAUUGAUGAUAUUUUUGCAUUUGUUAUAAAAAUGCCAACACUAUAUAGAAUUGGUUGCUUCCGCGAUGAUAUUAUUUUCUUUAUAUUUUUAUACCAAAGAUGGAUAUACAAAACUGAUCAUACAAGAGUAAAUGAAUUUGGUUUCUCUGGCGAAAUGGAAGCUAAAAAAACUAAAGGUAAAAAACAAGAAUCUAUCAAAAAUCGUCCAAAAAAUGAAAUAAAUAAAAAGAAUGAGUAAUGUCUGGUACAUAAUGUUAGCAUUAAAUAUAUUAUUCAAACUUUAUCUUAAAUUAAUAAAUUUAUUAGUACCAAAGGAUAUAUCUGUAUGCAUUAAUGCCUUUGUGACUUUGAUAUAACUACGUGUGUAUGUAUAUAUUCUUUUGGUUUUAAGAUCUAGCCAAUUGAAAAGCCUCGCAAAGACAUUGAUGUACUUCAAUAAGAAUAUCAUUGUUUAUUGCAGUUGGCAAAAUAUCAGAAAAAAUUUAAUACAGUUGUAAAAAAUGAUAUGAAUAUGUGCUCUUUUUAACAAACAAUUGUUAUCAUGAUUUAAACUUGUAUUUUUGUUUCGUUCAAUCUUUUGUAACAAUCGUUAUCAUUCUAUAUCAAAUCAAACAAAUAUGAAAUUUAUUUAAAUAUUUAAAAAUGUUUUUAACUAUAAAUUGUUUAUACAUAUAUCUACACAUACAUAUACAUGAAAUAAUCUGGAUUACAGAUUGCAUAUUUUGAAUAAUUUAAAUAAAAAAUAUAUUUUGUACAUAUACAUCAUAGUUUGGCAUCAAGUCUGGCAUCAAAUAUUUUGUUUGCUGUUACCUAUGUAUGUAUUAAGUUUUGUCAAACAGUUUUACAAAAAAUAGCGAAUUCUAAACACAUUUAUAUGAUGAAUAUGUUAAAAAUUGUUAGACGAAUCUUAGACAAAAUUAUAAUUAUUGUUUCUAAUAAAUCAGUGUGGUCAACGAACAUUUCAUUUUGUCAUAAUUACCGGCAAUAAAUAUUAUAUUUAUGAAGAAAAUUAAUAAAAGGGAAAAAACAAAUAAAAGUUAUUUCAUUUUUAUACAAUUUACUGAUUUCGAUUUACUGAUAUAUUAUUUUAAUUGAUUUUUGAAAAUAAAUAUUGGUAUUUAUUUUCAAUUAUGGUAUUACUAAAUUGAAUUAUGAAUUGAAUUAUUUUAUUAAAAUAUUUGAGUUUAUGUAAUCAGAAGAUAAAAUAAUAAUACUUCUGAAUUAAGUAACGAAUUGUUUUACAAAUGUGCUAUGAAAAUUAAUAUACAACGUAACAUAGAUUUAAAGACAAUUUAAAGUACAAAUUAACACACACAACACACGUAUGUAUGUAUGAAUAUAUAUAUAUAUAUGAAUUUUCUUAUGAUAUUUUAUUUAAUGCUAUACCAAUUGUAUUCAGAUAAGUAUUUAUUUGAAAUAAUUAUUAAAAUUAUUAAAAGUAGUUAAAAAUAAUGAAAUAUAACAUUUAAAAUACAAUUUUUAUCGAGUACAAUGUUUUAAAUAUUUAUAAAGUACGACAAAUUACAAACAAAAUUUAAUUAUUCUUUACUAUAUUGUUUCGCAUUGCAUUGCAUUAGUGAAAUCUAUUAUCUAUUCAGUUGGUAUACAAUAUAUAUAUACAUAUAUAAUGUAAACAAUUUAUAAUAUUUGAAGAAUUAAUAUUAAACAAUAAAUACAAAAUCUUCAUUUAUUAUAUAAAAUUGUAAUCUUUUAUUUUCUUUUCAAUUCAUAAAUAUUAGAGGAUACUAUUUACACAGCUUGGAGAUGCAUCAUAUUCGUCGAACAGUACAGAGUUAAGUAAUAACAAGGACGAAUCAACAGUAAACGUAAAUAAUGCUACAUGUUUAUAUUUAAUUCUUGUGAUGUAAAACAAAAGUAGUAUAAUGCGAGUAUAAUAAAUUUUAAUGAAAAUAACUGAACAAUACUGUUGUAUUUUGUACAUUAUUUAAAUUGUGUAAAAUUAAAUGUUGUGUAAGCUUGCAAUGCAAGCUUACUAAAGCUAAAUUAAAACAAUAUAUAUAUGUACACACAUUUAAAAAUUGUUGCUGCUCAGCACAAGGUAUAUUGCUAAAAUGGCAGUACUUUAAGUAACGGACAUCCGUACUAUUUUACAAAUGGGCUAUACUUGACAUUAUUUAAAAAUGGUGUAAGAUUUGACUGAAAAAUGUUGCUCUACAAAAUUUUCGAUUCUUUUAAGACUAAGCAUAUUUCGCCUUUUUCUAUAUAAACAAAUUGCUAUAUUUCUUCUGUUAGUAUAUAUUUAUAGAUUAAAAAUUAUCAUUGUUUCACUGCUUGUAUUAUAUUUACGAUAUGCAUUUUAUUUAUGUAACAAGGCCUGCAUCUUUAGCUAUACUAUUGAACAAACUAGUUGAAUUAUGUAGUAAUGACUCUGGAGAAUCAUAUUCCACAAUGCGUCCAUUAUCCAGGACAAUGACCCUAUUAAAGAUUUUUCAUUUAAUAUUAAUCAUUACUUAAAAAUAAUUUUAUUUUAUAAAACGUACCUGUCUGAAUCAAGAAUUGUAUUAAGUCUAUGAGCUAUUGUAAGAAUUGUGCAAUCUUUAAACUCUUGUCUAAUUGUUGUUUGAAUUAAAUCAUCAGUUUCCAAAUCAACUGAAGCUGUUGCUUCAUCGAGAAUUAAUACUUUUGUUUUUCGAAGCAAUGCUCUUGCUAAACAUAUUAAUUGUCGUUGACCUAUACUUAAAUUUUCUCCGCCUUCUGAUAAUUCAUAUAAAAGACCAUUUGGCAAAGCUAAAAUGUAAAAAAUAUUAAAUUUUUUAUGUAAUUUCUCUACACUUUCAACAAAAUUUUUUAUUUUAUCAAUAAAAUGAUAUUCACUUUUUAUAAAGGAUUUAAGAUGUGCAUGUUCCAAAGCUCUCCAAACUUCAUCGUCAGAAUAA